UUGUAGGUUUGAAAUUUGGUAAGGGAGAGACAAGUGACAUUUCCUCAAAGCCUUGCUGCAGAGCUAGAAAGAUGAGAGCUGAACAAGCUUUUGGUUUGUUUGUAUGCUUCAUGUUAGUUGAUUGGAUUGAGUCCCAGUCCUCCUUUGAGCCACGGGAUCCUCAAAGUGGUGACCAAUUUAAAUCUACACAGUGUCCAGAAAAGAAAUGGCAGAUUUGUACGGAUGGUGACUGGGGCUCUAAAUGUCCAUCUGGGUGCAGAAUGCAGGGAUUAAUCGAGACUGAGAAUCAACAGAAUGAUAACAGGAUCCAAGGGCUUCAACGAAUGUUAGACAUGUAUUCCACAGCAUUUAGGAACACUUAUAUUACUGUGACUGAAGCUGUCAACAGAAUCAGACAGAGUCUGAGCAGGAUGGGUGGACUUGGGGACACUUAUUAUCAGUUGGUGGAUUAUCUGAAUUCCAGACUUACCAUCUUGCAGAACAAAACUAAAAGUCAAAAUCUCAGGUUAAAACGACUAAAAAAUAACAUAUUAGAACAAUUCAAGGUUGUCUUAAGACUGGAGGUUGACAUUGACAUCAAGAUACAAUCUUGCAAAGGGUCUUGUGCAACAUCAGUUGUUUACAAAGUCAACAAAGAGAGCAAUGCCCAAAUGGAGAAAUCCCUUCAAUCAAUGACAGGCUUAAAACUGGACAGGAUUGUGGAUGUCAAGCCAAUACAUAAGCUGAAAAUGAGUUUGAUGAAGAAAUCUAAGAAAGGAACUAGUUUCAAAUUUGAUAUUGAUCAUGAAUAUCCUAGGUUCUGGGAGGAUGUCCACACUAGGUUAAUUACCAUAGAGAAUGAUGUACCACAUGCAACUUCACAUCUAGAUCCUGACUUUUACAAAGAUUCAUUCUUAACUUCUACGCCAAUGACUCCAAAUAUUAUAUCCACUAUCAAAGGUGUAGACACUCAUACAACUAGCAUGAAGGGUAGCAUUGUGCCCUUAACCCAUGGACUAAAUAGCACAGAGAAAACCUAUGCAUCCUUAAAGCAUGGUAGCCUUGAUAACAGAAUUGAAGAGCCACUUUUCACAAAUGUUUCAGCCAAAUCAACCCCUUCAUAUAGUUCUUCUGCCACAAAAACAAACCACUCCGUAUCUGGUUCUAAAAUUGUCAUAAAUCAAACUUUCACCAAACACAAUGACAUACAGACAGUCAAUCAAGGUGCUUUUUCUUAUUUGUCAUUACUCAAUUCAGGACAAAUAAAUUUUAAAAAGAUAUCAUUGCAGCAAAGAAGUAAGGGCUCUUUUGUUAAUUUAGCUCAAAAAAAGGCCAACCGUUCUAGUGAUUUCAACAAUUAUUCAACUUUAGGGCAUUUUAACAAUUCUAUAACAACUAACAACAGAAAACAUACCUGCGCUUCAACCGAAGAGGUGACAAGUUCCAAAGACAAUGCACCUCAUACUGAAUCUGUUAACGGUAGCUGUGGCCAUCAGUCCACCAAUACAAAGGAUUCUAAGAAUUUUUCAAAAGUCUCCAAUACCACCCAAGUUACUUUGGACUCAAACUCAUCUUUUGAUGAUGAAAUUGGAGAGGAAUUUCUGAAUUUGCAUGCCCCUAGCUUUAAAGUACAGAAGAUUGAAGACUACAUUGGCAAAGAUUGCAAUGACAUCAUACAAAAGCAUGCAUUUGGUGAUGAAGAUGGUUUAUUCAAGAUAAAACCUACUGGCUCUGCUGGCGUAGUGACAGUUUACUGUGAUCAGAGCACUGGACUGGGUGGUUGGGUAUUGGUUCAGCAGCGAAUGGAUGGAUCAGUUCACUUUAACCGAUCCUGGGCUGAGUACAAACAAGGGUUUGGUAGCAUUGAUGAUCAAGGCCAUGGAGAUAUUUGGCUGGGAAAUGAAAUCCUCCAUUUACUGACACAGAAGGAAAGCAUCUUUCGUGUAGAGCUAGAGGACUGGUCGGGGAAUGAGGUGUUUGCUGAAUACACUGUAACUGUGGGAUCUGAAUCAGAAAGCUAUAGGCUGAACAUUGCCGAUUAUGGAGGAAAUGCUGGGGAUGCAUUAAUAUCAGGAAUAUCUCUGGAUAGUGAACAUACCUCCCAUGCAAGCAUGAAAUUUAGUACUUAUGACAGAGAUAAUGAUAAAUGGGAGGAGAACUGUGCAGAAUUCUAUGGAGGAGGUUGGUGGUACAACAGUUGUCAAUCGGCUAAUCUAAAUGGAAUUUAUUACAAUGGGGGACUGUAUGAUCCCCGUAACAACAUGCCAUAUGAAAUAGAAAAUGGGGUGGUAUGGGUCCCUUUCAAAGGUGGCGACUACUCCCUUAAGGUGGUAAGAGUGAAAACUCGAUCAAAAGCUUCAAGUUAGACCAAGAGUUUCAGUUUCAGUUGUUAACUAGUACAAGUGUUAUGUUUGACUUGCACAGAAAAAUUGACCUCUCAUCUGGAUGUUUCAUCUGGAAUAUUGGAACACUUGAAUAAAUUGUUGAAAGAUCUGCACAACAUUAAAUAAAUGGGUAAUUGUAUUUCAUCUAAUAGAUAAUCAUGAACAAUGUCUUCAUUGUUCACUCAUUUUUCAUUCAAAUACAGUCAAGAACACAUGCCAGUUGUGUAAUUGGCCAUUCAAGGUCCAAUAUCUUCAAAAUGGUACAAAGGCAUGAAGACUAAAAAGCAAUUUGAUUCAAUAGACCUAGUGGGAUUCAAUUGUGACAACAGAUUCAAUAUCAUAACCCACCAAAGAUUGUCCUUAGUCUUAGUAUUCAUUGACUCCUGGAAAGCAGGAUGUAAGUGGCGAAAGGAUUAGUCUUAAUUGCAUGUUGUGUGAAGGUUUCAGUCCAAUUAGUAGCAAUCAUACUCUGGACUUCGUAGAUUUUGGAGUCACUUUUGUUGUGCAAUUUCAUGCUACAUUCAAUGUUUGGGUUUGAAGGCAGAUUGGUCAAUGAGAAGGCAGGAUCAAGAACUGUUUUUAAGCUAAGGCUUCUUUGGAAUUCUGUUUUGUUGCAUAUCAAUAUUAAAUACAUGGCAAUUUGAGAUA